UCUAUAUAAGGAAACUAUGUUCCCACAGUCUAAGCAUAUAACACAAAUCCUCUGUUGUGUUGUUAUAGCAAUCUGGUGUAAUGGCAGCAGUUCGAGUGCAAUCCAUUGCGAUGGGUGGAAUAGAGGCAAUACCUUCUCAGUUCAUCAGAGCCAACCAUGAGAGGCCUGCUCUCAAUGCUCCUUCUGCCAAAAUUCCGCUCAUAGACAUGUCCAAGUUAGAUGCAUCACCUGAUCUACUCCAACAAACGGUUGCAGAAAUAGGAAGUGCAGCUCAGGAGUGGGGGAUAUUUCAAGUGGUGAAUCAUGGAGUUUCAGACGAUUUGAUCCGACGCUUGCAAACCGUGGGAAAAGAGUUCUUCGAUCUUCCUCAGGAAGAAAAGGAAACGUAUGCCAACAAUGCGGAGGAAGGCAAUCUUGAAGGCUAUGGCACUAAACUGGCACAAAAUAUUGAGGGAAAGCUGGGGUGGACUGACUACUAUUUCCAUCUACUAUGGCCUCCUUCCCGCCGGAAUUUUAAUACCUGGCCUAGACGCCCUUCUUCUUACAGAGAGGUAUGUGAAGAAUAUGGGGGAGAGAUUGUGGACGUGGUAGAUAAGCUUCUUUCUGCUCUUUCUAUCAAUCUUGGGCUGCAAGAAUGUUCAUUGAAGGAAGCGAUUGGUGGGGAAAAUAUGGAAAUGGAGAUGAAGAUAAAUUACUAUCCGCCCUGUCCUCAGCCGGAUCUCGCUCUGGGAGUUGUCCCUCACACUGACAUGAGCGCUUUAACUCUGCUUGUAUCGAACCAAGUUCCUGGACUACAAGUUCACAAAGACUCUAACUGGGUUGCUGUUGAUUAUGUUCCAAACGCCAUUAUCGUCCACAUCGGCGAUACACUACAGAUAUUGAGCAACGGUAAGUACAAGAACGUUUUUCACAGGAGCGUGGUGAGUAAAGACAAGGUUAGAAUGUCAUGGCCAGUAUUUUGCAAUCCUCCGGGGAAUAAAGUACUGGCCCCCAUGAAAGAGUCGCUCGAUGAUCACAGUCCUGCCUUGUUUGCUGCCAAAACAUUCGCAGACUACAGACGUUGCAAGAUAAACAAGGUCGACAAGUAAAAGUACAACCUGUCCUCAGAUCCGAUUGUCAGAAGUCUACUUGUCUUUGACUAUGAUGGUGUAACUUCCCUUUGUUGUGUGGUCAUUAGUAUUAGAAUGAUGAUGAGUGCUCUUUAGAAAAGCUUAUUUUGUUAACAUUUGUUAAUAUUUUAAUAUUAAGUAAUAUUAUAUAAUUUUGAGGGAAGAUUUUAUUAAA